AUUUACUCGAGCGCGCCGCCGUCGCCAUGCUGUGGGUGCGCUGUGCGCUGGUGCUGGUGAGCGCGUGCGGCCGCGCGCCGCCCGCCGACGCCUUUCUGACCACCGGGACCGUGGCGGCGCUGCUCUACUCCAACGGCGGCUCGCUGUCGACGUGCGACGGGGACGGCGAGUUCCUCUGCUCGGACGGCAAGGCGUGCAUCCCGGCCAGCCAGCGGUGCGACGGCUCGGACGACUGCGGCGACGGCUCGGACGAGCAGGACUGCCCGCCGGGCGUGGAGCCCACCGAGGACCUCAAGAGCCAGUGUCUGCCGCCGUCCAUCUGGUGCGGCCGCUGCAUCCCCAUCUCGUGGCGCUGCGAUGGGGAACAGGACUGCAACGACGGCAGCGACGAAAAGGACUGUCCGAGCGUCUCGUGCCAGGGCGGCUUCAAGUGCGACUCGGGCCACUGCGUGCACAUCUCCUGGCUGUGCGACCGUGACGAGGACUGCCCGGACGGCUCCGACGAGCGGAACUGCACCGAGUCGAGGGCGGCCGACUCCGCCCGCUGCCUGCCGGGUCAAUUCCGGUGCUCGGACGGCGCUGGCUGCAUCUCGGCUGCCGCUGUCUGUGACGGCCGGCCGCAGUGCUCCGACGGCUCCGACGAGGGCACCGGCUGCGCGCGGCGCGACACCUGCUCACCUGCCACGUGCACUGCCAGCCAGACCUGUCGGCCGACACCAGCCGGCGGCCACCUCUGUCUGUGCCCCGAGGGUGCGGUCCCUGAUUCCACCGGCGGCUGCCUGUCCGAGGGCUCCUGUGUGGGCCGCGGCUGCGAGUACGACUGCCAGCCCGGCGGUGGGUGCUUCUGCCCGCCGGGGCUGCAGCUGGGAGCCGACAACAGGACCUGCGAGCUGGCGGCCGACAGCGCCGAGCCGGAGCUGCUGCUGGCUGACGGUGACACGGUGCGCCAGCUGGCGCCGCGCUCCCGGCGGUUACACACCCUGGCGCCGGCCGGCGACGAGCGGGUGCUGGCCGUCACCGGCGAGCUGGCCACGCGCACCGCGUACUGGGGCUUCCGGACGGCGGACGGCGGCGGCGGCGUGAGGAGGCGCGCAGACUUUCAGCGCGCCCCCAUCGACCUGUUCCUGAUGAGCGGCGUGCGCGUGGCUGACGCGCUCGCCUGGGAGUGGGUGGCGCGCGUGCUGUACCUGGCUGACGCCGAGCGGGGCCACCUGGCCGCCUGCGACUGGCUCGGCCACUGCGCCGUACUGGUGCGGCCGAGCGGCCGGCUGCUGGCACUGGCAGUCUACCCGCAGCAGGGCUUCCUGUUCUGGUCAGAGAUCAGCGAGAAGGGCGGCCAGAUCACGCGGGCCGGGCUGGACGGUGCGGACGCGGCUCCUCUGCCGCUGACCGGCCUGGAGACGCCGCGCUCCCUGGCCGUGGACCCGGCGGCGCGCCGGCUCUACUGGACCGACACCAGCCGGCGCGUCAUCGAGAGCUGCCUGCUAGACGGCUCCGACCGGCGCGAGGUGCCCGAGCUGCUGGUGCGCGCUCCAUUCUCACUCACCGUGCUCGGCUCCAGCCUCUUCUGGUCCGACCUCGACUCCGAGGACGUGCACGUGUGCAACAAGUACACCGGCAAGAACCGCACGAGCGUCUACAAACGGCGCAGCAUCUGGUCGUUCCGGAUAGCAGCGCUGCACGCCUCUCUGCAGCCGGCACUGCCGAACACCUGCGUCGGCUCUCGCUGCUCGCACCUGUGCCUGCCGUCUCAGACUUCCCCACACGGCCACCGCUGCUUCUGUUCGGAGGGCGAGCGGCUCGGACACGACGGCUUCACCUGCCACCCGGGUAACGCCAGUCAGGUGGUGCUGGCCGGCUCUGACCUGCUGCUGGACGUGCCGGUCGGGGUGCUGGGCGGCGUCGGCGCCACGCCGAUCGAGUACCCGGCCCGGAUGGUGACGGCCGUCACACUCGACUGGGUGCCGGUUGGAGACGGCCUGAACCUGACGCUGCUCUACGCAGACUCCGCCGACGGCGCCAUCCAUGCCGUGGACCUGGAGACGCGACGCCAGCGCACGCUCGUCUCUGGACACCUGACGACGGUGGUGGCUCUGGCGACCGACCCGGUGCGCGGUAACAUCUACUGGGCGGACAGCUCGCGCGGCACGAUCGAACUGGCCAGCGUCGACGGCAGUCACCGUCGCCUCAUCGCGGACGGUCUGCGCCACUUGACUGCGCUGGCCGCGUCGGCGUCCGAGCGCCUCCUGUUCCUGGCACUGGGCGGUCGCGCGGGCUCCAUUCAGCAGAUGGAGCUGGACGGCAGCCGGCGCCGCGCGCUCGUCUCUGAGAGACUCCAGACGCCGUCUUCACUCGCCGCCGAUGACACCAGCGGCCGUCUGUUCUGGGCGGACGCGCAAGCCGGCGCGAUUGAGAGCAUUCGCUUCGACGGUACGGAGCGGCGGGCGCUGAAGCGGUUCCUGGCGGGCCCGCUGUCCGUCGCCGUCACCUCUGGUCGGAUGUUCUGGAGCGAUAUGCACUCGUGGCGGCUGCACUGGGUGCAGCUGAACAACAUCGGCCACCAGUUCGCCCAGUCACUCGGCGAGGCGGUGGACGGCAGAGACGUGAAGCCUCUCCUGCGGCUGGCUGCUGUCGGAGUGGACCGGCUGAAAGAGGUGCUGCGACUCCGCGGGGGGAGCCGCUGCCCGCGCCUGCACUGCGCUGAGCUCUGUCUGCACAACUCUGAGCGCGGCGAGCAGUGUGACUGCGGCACGGGCCGACAGCCGGCGUCUGACGGCCGCUCGUGCGCCCCCGCUGCCUGCUCGGAGCGCGAGUUCGCCUGCCAGUCGGGUACCUGUCUGGAGGCGGACUGGCGCUGUGACGGCUCUCCCGACUGCCCCGGUGGGGAGGACGAGGCCGACUGCCCGCACCGGCGCAUCGCUAUCUGCGGCGCCGACGAGUUCAACUGCACCUCCGGUGAGUGUCUUUCGUCGGUUCUGCGCUGCGACGGCACGCCGCACUGCAGCGACGCCAGCGACGAGGACGGCUGCGCCGACCGGUCGUGCGACGCCGACCAGUUCCGCUGCGGCACCGGCUACUGCGUGCCGGCGCACUACCGCUGCGACCGCCACUCUGACUGCACGGACGGCAGCGACGAGGCGCACUGCGGCGGCGGCGCCUGCAGCAACAGUUCCUUCACCUGCGUCACCAGCCGGCGCUGCGUGGCUGCCGAGUGGUUCUGCGACGGCCACCCGGACUGCGUGGACCUCUCCGACGAGCCGGCCGACUGCCAGCGCCUCAAGAACUGCACAGAGGAGAGCCGGCGGUGUGAUGACGGCCGCUGCGUCAGCGCCGACCUCUGGUGCGACGGUGUGAUUGACUGCGCCGACUCCAGCGACGAGGGAGCGCACUGCGGUGGUAACGGGACGGCCACGCCUCUGCCGCCCCUGCAGCCACGCGAGGAGGACAAGGCGGCGUGUGAGGAGAACCAGCGAGCCUGCGUGGACGGCCGCUGUCUAUCCCUGACCGCCUUCUGCGACGGCACUGCUGACUGCGAGGGCGGCGAGGACGAGCUGGGCUGCGGCGAGCCGACCUGUCCGGGCACAGAGCGGCGCAUCUCGGCCCACUGGCUCUGCGACGGCGAGCGCGACUGCGAGGACGGCUGGGACGAGGCGGCCGCGCAGUGCGACGGCCGCCCGCCGGCCACGAGCACCCCGCCGCCGACGCCCGCCUGUGCCGACGACCAGUUCGCCUGCGCCGACGGCUUCAGCUGCCUGUCUUCGGCCGAGGUGUGCGACGGCGUGGCGCACUGCGGCGACCGCAGCGACGAGGGCGGCAUGUGCGAGACGGCCUGCAGCACGCACAUCUGCGCGCACCGGUGCCGCGCGACGCCCACGGCGCCCGUCUGCGGCUGCCUGGACGGGUUCCAGCUGCAGGCCGACGGCAAGACCUGCCGGGACGUGGACGAGUGCGCCACCGGCGCGGCGCCCUGCUGGCAGCUCUGCAACAACACCGAGGGCGGCUUCCGCUGCGGCUGCCUGGCCGGCUACGGACUGGAGCCGGACGGAGUGGCGUGCCGCGCCAACACCUCCCCUCGCCUGCUGCUGACUCAGGCCAGCCGGGUCAUCGCCGACUCGGUCCGCCACAAGAACCUGCAGCUGAUCUACCGCAACGAUAAUACGACGCUGGCCUUCUCAGACUACGACGCCUGGACGGAGACGCUGUACUUCUACGACAGCUACCGCGGCGCCGUGCUGGCCGUGCCGGCCGGGGACGACCAGCCGCCACGCACGGUCGUUGCCAACGCCACCGGGGUGACGGCGAUGGCACUCGAGUGGGCCACGAAGAGCGUCUACCUGGCCAGCAGAGAGGGCGAGACGGGUGUACUACGCGCCUGUGCCGCCGACGGACUCUGCCGCACGCUGGCGAGGACGGCCGGUGAGACUCUGCUGGCGCUGCGCCCCGUGCCCGAGCAGGGCUUCCUCCUAGCGUGUGCCGAGCUGGCCGCUCCUCCGGGCGGCCGCCGGAGCGGGCGCGUCCUCCGCCUUAGCGCCGACGGCUCCGAGCGGCUGGUGCUGGCCGACCACAAGGUGGGCCGCUGCGGCGGCGUCGACCUGGACCGCACCACGGGACUGGUCUGGUGGUCGGACACGCACUUCCACCGGCUGGGCUCUGCGCGGCUGGACGGCAGCGGACGCGCCGCCGCCGACCUGUCAGGCCUCCACCUGCCGCGGGGGCUGGCCGUGUUCGAGGACUGGGCGUACGUCAUCAGCCAUCGCAGUCAGGUGCGCCGCUGCCACACCAGGGUCGUUGAGACGGGCACCGGCACCUACGCGCCGCUGCGGCCCGGCGCCGCCGCCUGGUGUCAGCGCGUCUACAACAACGCCAUGGAGUUGCGGGCCCUGGACGUGCUGCACAGACUGCGGCAGCCGCUGCUGCUCGGCGAACGGAACGGCUCGGUGAGCGCGUGUCGCCGCCACGGCCGGUGUCGGCACAUGUGCCUGCCGAGAGGGGGUCAGGUGGCCUGCUACUGUCCCGACAGCCAGCCCGACUGCCGGCCGGAGCUCACCGACACGGACCUGGCGGACGGGGCGGGGGAGGCGGCGGGGGCGGCCAGCGCGGCUCAGCCGCCCUCGGGCGGGGGCGGCAGCAGCGGCGCCGCCAUCGGCGUGGUGCUGUGCCUGCUGGCGCUGCUGCUGGUCGGCGCCGCGCUGUGGCUGCGCCGGCGCGGGCGCCGCUGCGGCCGGACCCGGCCCGCCGGCCACCAGUUUCAGAACCCCACGUUCGGCAUGACGCCGCCGCCGGACGCGCCGGACCUGGGCGCUCCGGGGGCCUGGCUCCGCGACUCGGCCGACGACAACAACAACCCCUUCAGCGAGGAGGACGACUACAAGAAGAGGGCGGCCGGCGGCCGGACAGCCGCGCAACACCCCGACUGCAGUCCGAAGACAAAGAGCUGUCACAUCCAGCUCGGCCUGGGAGCUCGCAGCGAGGACUCUGGGUUCCUGGAGCUGAGCUCCGCCGGCUUCUCCUCCAUGGAGCGGCUAGUGCAGUAGCGUCAUCGCUGUGACGUCAUCGCUGGGACGUCAUCGGUGGGACGUCAUCGCCGGGAUGUCAUCCCUGGGACGUCAUCGCUGGGACGUCACCGCCGCAACUGUGGUGACAUCGUGGAUGUUGUAAUGUCAAAGGGUCGUCUCCGGAAGCCAUUUCUGGCCUUGGCGGCAGCGAGAUGACCGAGUUUACGGUCCAGUGAGGGGCCGAUGAGAGUAACGUUCAUACCGGAUGGGCUGACUGGGCACAUCCUGCCGCAUUCCGUACUGGAAUGGCAUGACGAAUGGUUUAAAUUUAUGGGCGUGCAUUGUUGAUACUGGAUUUGUUUUAAGAGACGUUGAACUUAAAUGUGUUUAUUUUGAGCCACAUGUGGUCCAAGCGAUUAUGGCACGAUCGAUGUCCUUAGACGCUCUUCACAAUAAAAGUGCAUGACGA